UGCCGCAGGAUCGCCGGGGCGCAGCUCGCGGGCAGCUCUCCGCGGGAGCCACCGAGACCUCUGCGCUGCUCGGCGAACAUGGCCGACUCGGAGAACCAGGGCCCCGCGGAGCCGAGCCAGGCGGCGGCGGCGGCGGCGGCGGAGGAGGAGGUAAUGGCGGAAGGCGGUGCGCAGGGGGGAGAUUCUGACAGCGCGUCCGGCGACUCCGACGGCGCGGUCGGUCAGACGGCUGAGGAGCCCCAGACGCCUGCAGAGAAUGCACCGAAGCCUAGAAAUGACUUUAUCGAGAGCCUACCUAACUCGGUGAAAUGCCGAGUCCUGGCCCUCAAAAAGCUGCAGAAGCGGUGCGAUAAGAUAGAAGCCAAAUUUGAUAAGGAAUUCCAGGCUCUGGAGAAGAAGUAUAACGACAUCUAUAAGCCCUUACUCGCUAAGAUCCAGGAGCUCACCGGUGAGAUGGAGGGGUGUGCGUGGACCUUAGAGGGUGACGACGAGGAGUUGGAGGAUGAAGAGUACGAGGAGGAGGAGGGAGAGCCUGCGGCGGAGGCGGCGGCUGCUGCCGCCAGAGAUGAGGGUCCCCACUCUGCAGUGUCUGACGACGCCCAGAAAUAAGCGGGGGCAGAGAUUGCAGAGGCGAAUGACGACGCAGAUUCAAAACCCCGAUUUUUUUUUCUUUUACACAUCGGUGGACUUGAAAAGGCUCAGGUUUUGGACCAAAGUACAAUGUGAAUCAAUUCUGACAUUCCUAGAAUCAUAUAAAAUCGACGCAAUCAGGUUCUGGCCAGCCCGUUUCCAAUCUGAACACCAAUAUACCAAAAGGUGUUGUAAACGAGUUAAAUUUAAAAUGGCUUUUUCAUGAUCUCUUCUGCGAGGGCUGGAGUUGAGACUUCCUAAGGGUGUCAAGUAGAUGUGAAGUAAAGAACGUCACUUUGAAACCCUUUGAUCACACUGUCAUCACACUACGCACAGAACACCCAAGCCGAGACCGAACAUGUUCUCAAUGCCUAAUUCUUCAAUUUCUUUAGUUUUGCAUUUUUCCAGCUCAGAAGCAUCAGAACCCAAGAAAAAUCUCAUCUUUAAGACUUUGCUUUCAUAACCCAGACAUCAGCUUUACACUUCAGAGAAGCGUGAUGGGAUGGAGGAAGCCCGUGCCGGAGAUCAUGACAGUACUGUUAAUGAGGCCCAGAAAACUGCCACUUCAAAUUCUAAAGACUGUACUGAAUAUUUGGUUCUGAGAAGGAGGGUGUAUAACCUGUACACUAUUGUCAACAUAUGUGUUCAUUAUUUACAGUCUCGUGUUUAUGUGUUUCCCUGGUAGUGUCUAUUUACAAAGGUGUUAAAAAAAAAAACAAUGUUUAAGUAUUGAUCCCUUUAUCUAGCAUUUUAGAAAUAUUAAUUUACUUGAAAAGAUGUAGAAUCUAGUAAAUUCUGUAAAGCAUGUGUAUCCAGUGUUAUGUUGGAUCCUUGUGAUGUCUUUUUGUCUUGUAGCUUUUAGAAUGUAGCUGUGAAAAUUAUCAGAACUCUUCACGGAAGCUAAUGUGUGGAAAAAAUAUAUACUUGAAGAACCAAUCCAACUGUGUGUCCCCAUCCCCAGCUCAGAAGUAGAAAGGGUUUAAGUUUGCUUGUGUUAGCUGUGCCUUCCUUAUUUUGCUAUGUAAAUGUGACAUAUUAAAUAUAAAAUGGUGCAUAAUCAAAUUUUUCUGCUUGAGAACAGACUGUCAUACGGUAAAGGAUUUUUAGGAGGACACAUUUAAUGUAAAGACUCUUAGCUUCUUUGUGGGGUUUGAAUUGUGUGAUCUGUAAAGAAAUUUAAGCAUAACGUUGUUUACCACUGUGGUGUUAAUAAAACAGUAUUUUC